AUGAAGGAUGGUCUUACGAUGCUUUUGGAGAACUUUAUUGCCAAUUUGGCUAGUCAAUUUGGAUUUCAAAAUAUUCAAAGGCCCUGUUUAAACAUGCUGAUCAAUCUCUAUCUCUCAUUUUUUGAAUCUAUUGCAAGUAAGAGUUUGACUUAUGCAGAGGCUGCAAAUCGAUCAAAAGUAGUUCUGAAUGACAUCGUCAUGGCUUUAAUCGAUUUUGGCUUGGACGUUAAUCGUCUUCUUGGUCCUGUGCGUCCAAAUAUUUCUGGAUCACUAAAUGAACCUCCCUCUCGAUGCAUUCAGUCGCGCGGAAUUACGACGGAAUCUGUGUUAGGUAUGAAUGGUACUCGAGUUGUGUGUGUUCAACCUAGUCUUCGUAGUGAAAUCGUCAAGCCAGUUGUUCCAGCUGCAUCUUCCUCCAUAUCUUCCACAAAUGUUCCUACACCCCCAAAAGCCCCAGCGCAUCUCUUUGUUCCUCCUUUACCUGACCCUCACACUUAUCUCUUCACUAAGGUCACACGACCUUUGCCUGCUAACAAUAUGGCUGGUUUAAGGCGGCUAAAGUUGGAAAAACGCCGUAAAACUCAAGUAUCGCUUAUGCACUAUGUGGCUUUGAGGCAAGAACCACAUUAUCUAUUUCCUCCUCCAGCUGAAGGUCUCAGCGCUAUUGAACGAAUGGAAUUUGCAACAUGUUCGAUGAUCCUUCUUCCAUCUACAUCCUCUCGACCCUACAUUUCCGCUCUGAUGACAGAAGAGACUAAUGAUAACGAUUGUAAUAGUGAAAAAGAAGAUCAGAAGAUCGAAGUAAAGAGACCAAAGUUCAGUGAACAGGAUGGAACUUUGAGUGAUAAUGCUGGUACAAACUUCUUCCUUUCCAAGCCCAUCUUUCCUGUAGAGGUUUCCUUUAAUACGUUUGUAUAA